AUGUGGGGCCGAGACUGGCAGUCACAACCGGAGUGGCCGGAAUGGCGUGACCAAAAUGGCCCGCCUUCUGGAUCUUCAGCGUUUGCUUCCUUUCCCUCUUCUCAGGCCUGGACAUGGGAAGGCUUUGAGGGCUUCGGAGGUGCAGGCCCUGCAGGUGCUGGAGGUCCUGGGGGUCCUGCGGGUGCCACAGCCCUCCCGCCGCAGUCGCUGGCUUUCGCAUCUCAUGCCGCGAGUUGGUCACCGUCCAUGGUCUCCAACAUGAUGCUGAUGCCAUAUCCGUGCCCUCAGCCUUCAGAGCAAGUUGAGCAACAUGAAGAGAAGAGAUAUGAUGGCACAGUCAAGUGUUUCUAUGGUGAGAAGCACACGGGCCAUGGCUUCAUAUUUUGCCCAGAGAUUUACAACCGAACAGGGCAAGACGUUUAUCUGCAUGCACGACAAGCGCACCGCUGUGAGGUGGGUGAUGAGGUUAGCUUCACUGUGGUCUUCAAUUCCCGAAGAGAGCCGCAGGCUCGUUCUGUCGUGAAGAAGCAGGAGGAAGGAAAGUUUCUAUGCAAAAAAAGGGAGGAAGCCGAGAGACAAGCGACCGCUCUACAGCAGAAGCGUGCAAGACCUCAAGCCGUCGAGCCGCCAUCUCAUUCGGGCCAUUCGGGCGGUGUCAUGACGGAAGAGCAGGCUAAGAAGUUUCAGAAGUCCCUCAAGGGAAGGUGA